AUGAGAGCUCUUCGUCCUGGCCUCCCUGGCCGUCUACUCCAGGCUAGAACCAAGGUUCUGUCCUCUUCCACGUCGGCUUUGGCCUACAAGACCUUGCACAGAAAUCUGAAGAGACCUCCUUUGCCUACUUUCGACACCCCCAAUUGGCUGGCUGAUGCUGCUGUUUCGUCCAUUUUGUACGAGACUCCUUUCCCCAGCAAAGCUCCAAGAAAGCAGCACGUGCUCAACUGUUUGGUUCAGAACGAGCCCGGUGUGUUGUCGUCCGUUUCGGGCCAUUUGGCCGCCAGAGGCUUCAACAUUGACUCUUUGGUGGUUUGCAACACCGAAGUCAAGGACCUUUCGCGUAUGACCAUUGUCUUGGGCGGCCAGGAUGCCGUUGUGGAGCAGGCCCGCCGUCAGAUCGAGGACUUGGUGCCCGUGUACGCUGUUUUGGACUACACCAACGCCGAGAUUGUCAAGAGAGAGUUGCUUUUGGCGAGAAUCUCGCUUUUGGGCCCCGAGUACUUCCAGGAGUUGAUCGCUGCCCACAACUCCCACACGUCCGACGGCUCGGCUGUCCCCGACUUGAGCGCUACCGAGAGCGAGUUCCACCCCAGCAACUUGCCAGCCUCCGAGGCCUUGAGACAGAAACACACUCAUUUGCAGAACAUCUCUGUGAUCACCGACAAGUUCGGCGGCCGCAUUGUGGACAUCUCCGACAGAAACUGUAUUGUCGAGUUGAGCGCCAAGCCUUCGAGAAUCAGCUCCUUCAUCCAGUUGUUGCAGCCCUUCGGUAUCUUGGAGAUCGCCAGGUCUGGUAUGAUGGCGUUGCCCAGAACCCCGUUGGACCACCUGCAGUUGGACGACGACGCCAUGGACGCCAAUGACAUUGUGGACGCCUCCCAGUUGCCUCCAGGUUAG